ACGUAAUACAUAUGAUAUAUACAGGUACAUACAGCCCCAGGCGAUGUGUAUUUUCCUUGUACAUGAACUGACGAAGAUGGUGGGAAGAUGUUAUGCUGGAUUUUUCUACUCCUGUCUCGUGCUUUUUUAUGCUAUGAAAACAAUGGCUUACAGUUCAGGUGCGCCGUCUAUGACGUCAGUUUGUGAGCAACGUCAACCUCUUCAUCGAUCUGGAGGAGAAAUCAUCCAACCGCAAAUCGGGGCACCUUCUGUAUCCAUGGCAACGGAUGUCACCGAGACAAGCGGAGGAAGUGUCAUAACAGUUACAUUGAAAGACGAGAAGACAAGCUUCAAAGGUUUCCUUGUGGAAGCUGUAUUAGAUAUGGAAGAAAAGCAAAGUGAGCUCCCAUCCAGCGGAGAAUUCUUUCCAUCAGAAGAAAUUAAACAGGUUCAAUGUUCGUGGAACCAGAGAAUGGUGACCCAUUCUUCGUCAACUUCUAGGCAACACAUCGCAUUAUCAUUCAAAGUUCCAAAUACAGAGGCUAACAUAAGAUUUAGAGCAACAGUUGUGCAGUCCUACAAUAAAUACUGGAUGAAUAUUUCGGCUCCAGUUGUUUCAGUGAAAGCAACAAAUGUUUCCAAGAGCGGCGAUGAUUUGUCGAGAAAAUGGUUACAGAGCGUGGUUCAAAUAGCAAAAAGUACAACUGGAGGAACGCAACAACUUGACGCAAACAUCCGUUCCAGGUUUUCAACGGGUUUCAGUGGUGUUCUAAACAAACACAAUGUGAUGGCUUCCAAAGAAAUAUUGAACUCUUUACCAUUCAAAAUGGUCGAAAAAGGAGGUAGCUCCCAGCAAACGGAGUCAUCUGACACAGAAAAGGCUGUUUCAGAACUUCUUGCAGGAAACCUUGAUUAUACGGAUACAGUUGAACUUCUCCUUCACUAAAUAAAGUUUAGCAUUAUAAUUUUGUUACAUUGUGUUU